AUGCAAUCAAAUAUUAUUCUUGAUUCACAUGUUCAUUUGUGGAAGAUUGAAAGAGGUGACUAUGGUUGGCUAAAAGAAGACAAUAAGGAGUUGUAUCGUGACUUUAAUCUCCAAGACUAUCAAGAGGUUGCUGGAAAAUAUGGCGUCGGUGGAUGUGUGCUUGUGCAGGCGGCUCCCACUGAGGAAGAGACAGACUAUUUGCUUUCAUUGGCCAACGAGUCACAGGGCUAUGUGAGAGGAGUGGUCGGUUGGAUCGAUAUGUUGGCACCGGACGCACCCGCCAAACUCAAAGAGAAAUACGAAAAGAACAUUGUCAAUAAGAAACCGAUGUUAGUUGCAAUCCGUCCGAUGCUUCAGGACUUGGACAACGAGGAGUGGCUGCUACUCAAAGAGCUCGGACCAACCAUCAACAUGAUGUGUACAAAGAACAUUGUUUUCGAGGCGUUGGUGCGUCCGAACCACUUGAAACAUCUGCGUAAAUUCCUGAUUCGCUAUCCCAAGAUCAAGGUGGUUAUUGACCACGCCGCCAAACCGCUGAUCAACGGCGACAAAGCUGCUUUCGACCAGUGGAAAUCGGAUAUCGAGAACAUCGCCAAGAACUAUCAGAAUGUGAUGGUGAAACUCUCGGGAUUCUACAAUGAGGUGGUUGUCGAGGCGGAGAAGGUAGGCGAUAUCACAGAGUACAACUCCAAGGUGGCGCCAUACAUAAUGCAUCUCGUUCGAUGUUUCACACCGAAUCGAUUGAUAUGGGCAUCGGACUGGCCAGUUCACAGCAACUACGAAGCAUGGUUUAAAUUCUGUCGUGAUUGCUUCUCUACACUCAGUAAAGGUCAACAGAACGAUAUUUACUUUGCAAACGCUGCACGUAUCUAUAAUCUAUAG